AUGCGCACGAGUAGGAGCAGUAGCAGAAUAGUUUUCGCCGCAGUCGUAGUCGCAGUCGCAGUCGUCGUCUUCGUCGGAGUAGUGUACAGCAGCAGACAGCAGCAUCAAUGCAGCUGCCAGGAGCCCCCAAUCCCUGCAGAGGCCGUGCAGGUGUUGGCAGAGAAUGCCUCUGCCCUGGUGGUGCGGAAGCCUGCGGGCAUCCCUUGCCACCCUCAGGGGAAGUACCAGCAGUGCUCCCUCACAGAGAUCUUGCGGGUGUCCCAUUUGAAGGACACCACUUGCUACCUGCACCCCGUUAACCGGUUGGACAGGCAGACAUCAGGCAUCGUGCUUCUGGCAAAGACUCGAAAGGCAUACAUGGCCUUGGCUCAGGAGCAUGGUGCCGGUUUGCGGAAGCUUUAUGUCGCGGGCGUCUGCGGCAGUUUCGAUGCCUCGGCGGCCAUCGAGCGGUGGCCGCAGUGGGUAGAGCGCCGAACUACCGCGAAGGGCGACGAAGAGGUAGUUUGCCGCUUGCCGUUGCGGGUGGAGAAACACCGACCCAACCAGCCACUCACCGUGGUGGUGGACACCACAGGAGCCGGCAAAAGUGCCGAGACGAUGAUACGGCAGCGAGGCGACAGCCUUCUCUGCCGCCUGGAGACAGGGCGGACUCACCAGAUCCGCGUCCAUCUUUCGGCCAUGGGCUUUCCCAUUCUGGGUGACCCGGUCUAUGGCACCGCGGAGAAUGAGGAUGUGAUGCAACUCCACGCCUCUGUGUACUCCGUGAAGCUGGACCAGAGCCUGGACGCCGGAAAGGCUCUGGCGGACAUCCUUCCGAGACCUCAGCCCGUGGAGUCUGCUGAAGGCUCGGGAACUUUGGAAGCUUUCGAGGUUGUGAAGGGCUUUUCACCGAUGCUUCGCUCCCUGGUGGCUGCCUUGUUUCUAGCCUCUUCGGCCCAGGCAGCUAAAUCCCUUCGUGAGCGGCUGCGAAGUUCGCCGUGCCAGUGUCAAGCGGACACUUCUGCGAUAGCCAGGCCCAGUCGCACGAAGCCGAAGUGCAUCUUCAUCGACCUCGGGGCUGCGGAUGGCAACAGCUACAACGCUUUCCUUCAAGGCAAGUAUGGGCAGAUUAAAGACUGCCCGAAUCAGGAGUACGAGGCGUACCUGGUGGAGGCAAACCCCUUCUUCCAAAAGGAGCUGAACAACAAGGCUGCGAAGUCCGCACCGGGCAAGGAGAUUUUCCCCAUGAUGAAUGGCGCUUGGAUGUGCGAGGCUGACACCACCUUCCACGUCGUAGGCAAAGCAUCAGCUGCAUCGUCCCUCGCUCCACAAGGCAAUGCGAAUGAUGUACAAGUACAUCUGAUCAACGUUAUUUCCCUCAUCAAGUCCAAGACGAUCCCGGGAGACAAAGUGUUGCUGAAGGUGGACAUUGAGGGUGCCGAGUUUGAUCUCAUCCCCUGCCUGGCGCGCUCGGAUGUCCUAAGCCACGACAUGACCGCCUUUGUGGAGGAGCACUAUUUCCUCGGUGGUGUCAAGCGCAGCCUCACCGGUGUCACGGACAAGGAGUAUAAUGAUGCCAAGCAGGUCAUGAUGUCCAAGGGUGUGAAGAUGCCCAAGUACUCCUCCGUCACCCUCCUGGAAACAGGCAAUUGA